CCCGUCCAUGUGACCCGCAAGGACUAGCAAGAAUGUCGGCGAGCGGCGAGAAGGUCGAGGGGAGCAACUAACUGUCUGUCGCGACCAAUCCGCACACUUGGCAUUUCUCGGUCGCGGCGCGCGGAUGCCGUGAUCGUCUGUCCGCUGCCAGUUGCCGCUAUUCCGCUAUCGCGUUCGAAUUUCGAUUAUACACCGAGUCAUUUAUCGAAUCCACAACCGCCCCCUCCGAACACUGAUCAUGUCGGUAAUCUACAAGAACUCGAUGAGCGCCAUCGGCAAAUUCGUACCAGAGAAGCUGCAGCCUCUGUGGAAACAUCCAGCUGGUCCACAGACCAUUUUCUUCUGGGCACCGGCCUUCAAAUGGGGUCUCGUACUCGCUGGCCUUGGUGACUUGCAAAGGCCAGCGAACAAAAUCUCCAUCAGCCAAUCUGGUGCCUUGGGCAUCACGGGAUUGAUCUGGACCAGGUAUUCCUUAGCCAUCACCCCGAAAAAUUGGAACCUCUUUAGCGUGAACCUUUUCGUCGCGUUUACGGCCUUAUAUCAAAUAUCGAGAGCCAUCAGGUAUCAACGCCAGCAAGCAGCUUUGGAGACAACAAAAGCGAUCUCGUCAGAUGCAGCUCACUGACGAUAAUUAUACAUAGAUAUAGAUAUACAUUCCUAGGAAACAAAGAAAAAUAUUUAAUUCUUCGCUAUUUCGUGUACGAAAUGUUUAUGUUAUCAUUCAAGGACGAGAAGUCUAGUGACUUUUAACGUAUUCGAUCAAUGUCUUAAUGACAAUGAGAAAAUUAGAUCGAUAAUAUACAUAUGUAUUAAGUUUUCA